UUGGUUUUGUAAGGCAUUUUCUCGGUUUCGAAAUUAAGAAAGUUGGCGAUUAUUACACGUUACGUUUAACAGCCUAUAUUGAAAACCUCAUCAGAAAAUUUAGGAUGCAGAAUGCUCAUUCUGCACGGACGCCGAUGGAUCCUGGUUACACCACAGCGAACGACAAUAGCGAAAUGUUUACUGAUACGACUCUAUAUAGAAGUUUAAUUGGAGCACUAUUAUACCUGGCUGUGAAUGCAAGGCCUGAUCUAUCCGUUAGUGUGGGCUUGCUUGGUAGAAAGGUGAGUGAGCCGAAUACGAGUGAUUGGUCCGCAGCAAAAAGGAUUUUACGAUAUCUGAAUUCGACAAAAGACUACAAGUUGACGUUUGGUCCUAGAGAUGGUUGGAAUUUGGUUGGUUAUUCAGACUCGGAUUGGGCUGGAGAUAGGCAGACUCGACGUUCUACAACGGGAGUAGUGUUCUUUUUCGGUGGUGGGCCACUCUUAUGGAUGAGCAAAGGCCAAGAUAGCGUUGCUUUGUCUUCUUUAGAGGCAGAGUACAAUGCACUCACGGUAGCCUGUCAGGAGGCAGUCUGGCUACGACGUUUGUUACGGGAUUUAAACGAACCGCAGAGUGGUGCAACGAUCAUCAAUGAAGACAACCAAGGAUGUCUUAGCUUUGCUAAAGCGGAACGGAUCAGCGGUCGUGUUAAACACAUCGAUACAAAAAGUGACAUGAUUGCGGAUGCACUUACGAAGCCUUUGGGACCAGCAUUGCUGAAGAAAUUUGUGGAUUCAGUGGGACUAUCUGACUAACUGUCGGUAGUCAUUCAGGAGGAGUGUUGGAC